AUGAAAGUUUUGUACACGAGUUUUGGAACAGUAGAAAUUGAUGGCGAAAGCUGUUUCCUGACAAAUUAUAUCAUACUCAAGAAGUGCCAGCUUAAACUGAUCACUGGUCAGCGGUUCGUUGACGCUAGCAGCACGUGGCUGAAUGUUUACCUCUUGCUGGAUGACGAUUGUUCCGUAUUGAGGUUCUCUGCUGACUUGAAUUUUGCUGAGGUCGAUUUGCUACGGCUCUCUGACCCAGAAUGGAGAAACCAUACUGGUGACUUUCUUCAUAUAUCAUUCGUUGAUUUACCAGAGACCGAUAGAUUUGCUCAUUUUGGCUUAAAGUCGAUUCUCGACCAGACAGUCAAAGCUGACCGAUUGUCUCCUAGUGCCACUAUCAUCGCUUGUACGGAUGCGGAUACCUUUUUGGUCCGCAAUGCCAAUGAAACUGCUUACCUCUAUUGCAUUGACAGUGCCAAGAAUGACGUCGUGCUGAUGAACAUCCCAUUACCGGAAAAGUCUACCGUCAAACAGAUCUCCUGUGGCAAAGGACAUGGUCUCAUUUUAGACAGCAAUGGCAUCGUCUAUUCGUUCGGAUGCGGUACGCGAGGCGAACUUGGCCACGGCACCAUCGAAUCCGCGCCGGAGCCUACUCCGGUUACUAUUUUUGCCGGGAUUUUGGUCGCUGCCGAACCUACGCUAAUAGGGAUUCCUAACGAGGAAUCGGUCUUGGACGUCAGCUGUGGCAGUCGACAUACGUUGAUAAAGACAGGUGAAUGUUAG